AUGAUGUCCACAAGCUACUAUCAACAUAUUGGUUAUCAAGAUAUUUCAGUUUCAAAGUACAAAUACAUUUGUGACCCAAAAGAUAAAGUUAUUUUAAAUAGUGUUUCUUGGGAAGAGUAUAAAGUAAAAAACAACAUCAAUAGAAUUAAUGACUACAUCAAUCCUCAUUAUCCUAUUCAUAAACUUUUAGAAUAG